AUGCCGAAGGGCUCGACUUGGUCUCUCGAAGCCUACCGCGACUUCUCACGAAUCGCCUGGGAUGUUGCUAAGUUGACGGCGGAGCAGAAGGAACAGAUCCUACACAAACUGAAUUCUGUGGGUUAUGGAUUCACUGGAGAAGCUAUGAGACAGCACUUCCAGAAGAUGAUCCGCGACGAGAAGGCCGAAUCUCAGCAGAAUGGUGCUUCCGGCUCCUCUCCCGAGGCUAAUCAACCUGCUACCAAGGGCAAGGCAGCAGCCAAACUUCGUCCUGCCCGUGGUACCCGCGCUGGCACUAAACGCAAGACUAAGGCACCGGUCUCCGACGACGAGGAGAACGACGAGAAGAAGCCCGUCAAGAAGCGUACCAAGAAAGGAAAAACUUCUUUGAAGUUGGAGGAGGAUGAUGAGCCCGUUGCUUCCCAGGAUGACAAGGACUGGGGUGAGUCUGCAGCUCAGCUUGAACAACACCAACCCAUGACUCUCUUUGGCCCCUUUCCGGUCCCCACUGCCAAUGAAGAUGACGAUGCUGAACAACCACCUCGACUAGAAGAGGAUGACAGUGGCGAGGCUUAA